AAUCCAAAGAUAAUUCUAAAUAAAACUCUUCCAGCCUAUUACUAUAAUUUAUGAAUACGUCAAAAUUAUGAUCCAUUCAUAAUAAAUCUGGUGACUGUCUUUAUUUCAUAUUUAACUGGACUUUGACUUGUAAGUGACAAUGGCAAACAAUCGUAUACCUUCUGGACCCAAUACGCCUGGUAGUCAGCAGACACCCACGCAGCAAGGUAUAAAGAUAUUCAUCCAAAGGGACUAUUCAGAAGGCACUGCAGUGAAAUUCCAAACAAGAUUUCCACCUGAACUGGAAGACAGAAUAGACAGACAGUCCUUUGAAUACACAAUGGACAAAUUGAAUGAACAUUUCGACAUGGCGGAAACAGCUGAUUGCAGCACAUACUGUGAAGGAUGCCUAGCAUGUCUGACUGCCUACUUUAUUUAUAUAUGCACAGAAACACAUUAUGAAAAACAUUUACGGAAAGUGUCAAAAUUCAUAGCGACACAAAACGAACGGGUCUACAAUCCACGAGGGAUACACAUCACAGAUCCAAUAUUGAGAGGUUUGAGGGUCAUAGAGAUAACCGUGAUAGAUGUACCAAAUUGCCAAAGUCCAACAGGUAAUUCAACGAAUACACAGCUGAGGCACACUUGACCACCACACGAAAACAGGGAGUUUUUCAUGUAACAUACGCGAUAUUGGUUCUAAAUCAUGUUAUGAAUAAAGAGAUUUUUAAAACUGGAACAAACUGUCCAAUUUCUUGUUGCCAGAAUUAAAUUGUAAAAUUUGAAAAGUUGUAAAUUCAACACGAAAUGGACAGUUUGUUCCAUGAAAUAUUAACAAAUAUAAAUGUAAUAUACCAAAUUGUAUUAUAAAAAACUACAAUAACAUAUUUAAUUGAAAUACAAUAUCAAGUUUUAAAACCAAAGUCUGAUCCAGAUCACAAAUAUAAAUGCUCUUGGGAAAUAUAACAUGUUUUUGAACCAAUUGUGAAGUAAUCCGAGGAUUACAAUGACUGGUUUUACACCAGCGCGUAUAAGUUAUAUAAAUGUUUUGUAUAACUUUUCUGUAAUCUUUAUAAUAUCGUAAACGGGUGUUUCUUUUCUGCCAUUUAUUUAUAUUUGUGAAUGUGAUUAACUUUCACUGCUAGAAAACUAUCCCAUAGGAAUUAAAAGCGUGCGAUGUCAGUUUUGUAGUAGUGAAUGUGUUGCUAAAAGUGGCAGCAGUCGAAUUUUCUUAGUUUGGAUGACGAUAUAGAGUCAGGUCUUCAUCAAUCUUAUAUUAUAGCAGAAUUGUCAAAUUGGCCACGUGACUGGGUAAAAAAAUUAAUACAUAGAGGUAUUUUAAAAAUUAAACACAAUAAUUAAAUGUUGCUUUAAUUGAUCCGUUUUUGAUUACGUAAUUUACAAUUUAUUCAUUCCAUAAAGUAGGUAUAUUAGGAAUGCAUUUUGACUCCAAAAAUCGUGACGUCGUAAUAUAUUACUGUCAUGCAAGCUCCAUAUUGUUUUUUUUUUUGUUUUUGACAUUAGAAAAAAGUAUCUGAUUUGACUUGUUGGAAAAUAGUCAAUUGUUUAUGCUCUCUCGCUCUCUCUUAUAAAUGGAAGUAGCGAUGAAGACGCUCGCCUGUGAAUCGAAAGGUCCCAGGUUCGAAUCCUACUUGUGUCACGUGAGUUUGUAUACUAAUCUAUUAUGUAUUCAUAGACCAUCAUUUGCUUCUGGUGAUAGAAAAAAUCAUGUGAAAUUGAGAAGGCUGUCACUCCAUUAAUAUUGACAAAAAAUUGACGAUCAACUGAUUGGACUUAGUCGUCGAGUUCGAAAAUAUAUUGUCUUAUUUUACUAUUUGUUUUAAUUGUUGUAUUGCAUAUAUUGAGCAUAUCGUGAAAAUUUGGCUGAUGUGUAAGAGUUCGACGAACUUUGGCGGAUUCGGUAUACAUUGCUGAUCUUUCAUUGCGGUAAAUAAAAGCACUCAUACAUACUACGCAAUGUUCGCGCAUUCGCGUCGGCAUCUGACUGAGUUCGGCGACAGUUAGAGCUGGCAUAAAAAGCAACAUUUUUAUUCCUUAUAAACAGAUUGUACACCUACAAACCUUUCGCUACGACUCAACACCAUUUUUAAUUAAAUGAUAUUUUUUAAUAAUUUCCGCUCAAUUAAAAUUAAUUUUAUAGACAAAAGUUACACAUAUUCUUGUAAUAAUGGGAUGGCUCAAUUAAUGACGUAAUUAAUAAAAAGAAAACUUUGAAAAUAAUUUCUUUUAAAUUGUCACUCUUUUGUUUUUAGACAACCAAACUAUGCUAACUUUUCUGUAUGCUGUAGAUUCAACCUUAACCUUGGACUGAAUCUAAUUUCUAUAACAAAACAAACUCCCUAUGCCAAAAUUUUCUUCCAACUGUGUAUGGACUUAGAUAGGUUAGUCAUUGGAUAUGGAAGAAUUACCCUUGUGAUUUGUGUAUAUUUGAUGGUCUGUAACUUUAGGUAUUAAGUUCGCACAUUGUGAGGUGUAUCUUAGUGGAGUUUUUGGAACUAUUACGAAAAAUGUGACCAUUUUUUUAUACUUACGGGACGUGAUUUUUCGGCGAAUGAGAUUUUUUUGGUAUGCACAUGUGUUUUAAAAUAUAAAUAAAUAGCGUCACAUUUAAUAUAUUUUGCGCCAUUGUCAUAUUGAACCCUCUUAAGUAAAUCGGGACAUUUGUGUUCUCUAUCUUGAUACAGAACAAAAAUGUCCCGUUUUUCUCUAGGGACGUUUUGGCUCUUGUUAGUGAAAGAAAAAUCUCGCUAAUUUCGAGACGGAAUUUAGGCCCACCAUAAAACAUAGAACACGUGGCACGUCAUUGCGUCCACACGUUCUCUCUUUUUCUUAGUUUCUGCAUGCACCAUAUCGGAAAAAAAGACAACAUGUGGAUGUUAGUAACGUGCUAUGUGUUUCUAUAUUUCGUGUUAGGCGUCCUAGCAUGUUCAAAAAGUCGCGUCGGCUGUGUAAAUUGAUAAGAAAAUGACACUUUUCAAUUAGGCCAGAGUGCUUGUCAUUCAUUCAUGUUACGAAAUACGUCUUCUGUAAAAUUUAUUGAGCUAAACAAGUAAGUACUUUAUUUAUUAAAAUUUUACGGAAAUAAUAACUAAAAAAUUGUGAAAACCUCCCGUCAUUUUUCCGUCUCGGAUAUCAGCUUUUGCCCCCUUAUUAAUAAAAAUGUUAUUCCCUGAUUAGGCUCGGAAUAGUUAUUCUUUGCUUUGUCUCGCUCUUUCAUUGUCAAAUACUGAAAAGAGAGAGGGAUAAAACUAUUCCAAGACUAAAUUCCAAGCAUAAUCAGAGAUUUUCUUUAUAAAUAAAGCAGUCAAUGUACUUGUGAUGGCAAAAUGCGACUUGUAUAUGAACAAAUAUGAUAUCAUUUGCUAGUUGCUAAAUAUUGGCCUCAAGGCCGGCAUUUACUUGAAAGGUAAUUUAGGAUACGUUUUAAUAUUUUAUUUUUGUACGUCUGUGACUUAGAACUUCUUUGUCUGUAGUUUUCAUGUAACGGUUAGCUCGUGUAAGGCAGAUUUUUUUUAGUAUACUUUCUUCGCAAGAAAUUAUCACUUUGUAUAAAAAAAAAA